UUAGCACCAACAAGCUCUGAGCAUCAUCAGUCUCUGGAAAGCCUUCUGAAUUAGACAAGGGCUGCCUCUCAGCAUAGCUACAAAACACUUUAAACCUGACCAGCUAAAUGGAUAAACCUAGCCUGCAUAGCUUUUAAACUGGGGUCUCAUGCAGCACAGGAGGCCUACUUGCUUCGAGAACUGAAAAUCCAGAGGAUGAAUUGCUUUAUCUGGGAAUGGCAAAAGCCAGCACAAUAAGGAAUGCCAGGUAUUCUGAAGAUUUUCUUUUCUUUUCUUUUCUUUUUUUUUUUAACCUCUCUUUUUACAGAGAAGUUGGUUACCUUCGAAAUGGGCUGUAGCUUUUUUGCACAGAUUGCCAAUUACUGCUGAUGGGUCUCUGGUGAAUUACACAAUGGUCCUCAGAGCUUAGAGGUCCUCCCCCUCCCCCCCCCCCAACGGCUUCCUUCUCCCUGCCCCCCCAUCCCACCCCAUGCUGAUUUUUUUUCAUAUAUGUAUAUAUAUUUUUUGCCUGUCCUCUCCGGGGAAGUUUGUAUGGGGCUACUAGCUCACAUGCGGGAUCGGAAUGGUGUGAAUGACAGCCGCACUGUGUCAUGAAGGUGGUGGUGGUUUCAGCACGAGAGACCAAAUAAGAAGAAAGCUGAGAGAGGGGGGAUCCGUUUUUGGAUGACAAAGGAUGGGUUUCCGUUUAAUUACGCAGCUGAGAGGCAUGCGUGUGGUGCUAGUGCUCCUUCCUACACUUCUGCUUGUUAUGCUCACGGGGGCUCAGAGAGCUUGCCCAAAGAACUGCAGAUGUGAUGGCAAAAUUGUAUACUGUGAGUCUCAUGCUUUCGCAGAUAUCCCUGAGAACAUUUCUGGAGGGUCACAAGGCUUAUCAUUAAGGUUCAACAGCAUUCAGAAACUCAAAUCCAAUCAGUUUGCCGGCCUUAACCAGCUUAUAUGGCUUUAUCUUGACCAUAAUUACAUUAGCUCAGUGGAUGAAGAUGCAUUUCAAGGGAUCCGUAGACUGAAAGAAUUAAUUCUAAGCUCCAACAAAAUUACCUAUCUGCACAAUAAAACAUUUCACCCAGUUCCCAAUCUCCGCAAUCUGGAUCUCUCCUACAAUAAACUUCAGACAUUGCAAUCAGAACAAUUUAAAGGUCUUCGGAAACUCAUCAUUUUGCACCUGAGAUCUAACUCAUUAAAGACUGUGCCGAUAAGAGUUUUUCAAGACUGUCGAAAUCUUGACUUUCUGGAUUUGGGUUACAAUCGUCUUCGAAGCUUGUCCCGAAAUGCUUUUGCUGGCCUCUUGAAGUUGAAGGAGCUCCACUUGGAGCACAAUCAGUUUUCCAAGAUCAAUUUUGCUCAUUUUCCACGUCUCUUCAAUCUCCGCUCAAUUUACUUACAGUGGAACAGGAUUCGUUCCAUUAGCCAAGGCUUGACAUGGACUUGGAGUUCCUUACACAACUUGGAUUUAUCAGGGAAUGACAUCCAAGGAAUUGAGCCAGGCACAUUUAAAUGUCUACCCAAUUUGCAAAAAUUGAAUUUGGAUUCCAACAAGCUUACCAACAUCUCACAGGAAACUGUCAAUGCAUGGAUAUCAUUAAUAUCCAUCACUUUGUCUGGAAAUAUGUGGGAAUGCAGUCGGAGCAUUUGUCCUCUAUUUUAUUGGCUUAAGAAUUUCAAAGGAAAUAAGGAAAGCACCAUGAUAUGUGCAGGACCUAAGCAUAUCCAGGGUGAAAAGGUUAGUGAUGCAGUGGAAACAUAUAAUAUCUGCUCUGAAGUUCAGGUGGUCAACACAGAAAAAUCACACCUGGUACCCCAAACACCCCAGAAGCCUCUGAUUAUCCCUAAACCUACAUUUUCCAAAUCUGACCCCACCCAGCCCACCCUUGAAACACCAAGCCCUUCCCCAGGGUUUCAGAUUCCUGGCACAGAGCAAGAGUAUGAGCAUGUUUCAUUUCACAAAAUUAUUGCAGGGAGUGUGGCUCUGUUCCUCUCAGUGGCCAUGAUCCUCUUGGUAAUCUAUGUGUCUUGGAAACGCUACCCAGCCAGCAUGAAACAACUUCAGCAACACUCUCUUAUGAAGAGGCGGCGGAAAAAGACCAGAGAGUCUGAAAGACAAAUGAAUUCCCCUUUACAGGAGUAUUAUGUGGACUACAAGCCUACAAACUCUGAGACCAUGGAUAUAUCCGUUAAUGGAUCUGGGCCCUGCACAUAUACCAUCUCUGGCUCCAGGGAAUGCGAGAUCCCGCACCACGUGAAGUCCUUGCCCUAUUACAGCUACGAGCCGCCUGUGAUUGGCUACUGCCAGGCUCACCAGCCACUCCGCGUCCACAAGGGCUAUGAGGCAGUGUCUCCGGAGCAGGACGAAACCCCCAGCCUGGAGCUCGGGCGUGACCACAGCUUCAUCGCCACCAUCGCCAGGUCGGCGGCGCCGGCCAUUUAUCUGGAGAGAAUAACAAACUAAUGGGAAAGCCAACUCCUCGUGGGGAACCUCGACGGGGUGGGGAGGGAGGGCUUCAUCUUAAAGGAGAAUGGGUGUCCACAGUUGUGCAAGCAAGCUGGCUGGUCGUUCCUGCUAAAACACUUAGGACGUAGAGGAAAGGAAAAACGAAACUGCUGAGAGAGGGCAGCGGAUGCACCUGCCGCAUAAACCAGGAGAACUAUAGAACUUUCUUUGCUUCAAAACAUAAAACAAAAAUGGUCCUGGAUGUAAAUAGUGAAAGUGUCGAGUUCUUAUAAAAAUAGAUUUCACCCUAGCUACAUAUAGGUUUGUUUGUAUAUUUGCUUUUUCUACACUGCAUGGUUCCUGGGCUGGAGA